AGCCUUUGGGCUGGUGGAGGAGCCACUCUAGUCCGCCAUGGGAGGAUGAAAAGCCAUGGACUAUGGCAAUCUGUUAAUAGCAUGUUGAGAUGGAUGAUGGGCACCAACAAGGUGCAGGUGGAGUUCUUCGUGAUGUCCAAGUGCCCAGAUGCAAAGGCCUGCGAGGAUAGCUUCCUACCAGUCUUGCAGGAUCUGAGAUCGUUGGUCGAUCUCAAGUUCACCUACAUCGGAAGUGCAGAGGGCCAAGAAGUGCAGUGCAUGCACGGCCCGUCGGAAUGCGAGGGCGACAAGCAGCGCCUCUGCAUCCAGCAGGUGGCAUCUGUGGAGCACCUCAUCUGCGCAGUGUCAGGAUAGAGACCAGUCGGCCAUCGCCAGCAAUGGGGAGGCCUGUGCUAAAGAGAGUUCAUUUCUCAAAGAGGA